AUGGAUGUUGACACCGCAUGCUACGACAACCGCAUUGAAGGUGGACUCUACGACGUCGUCAUCCGUCAGCUCAUGGCACUGCCCAAAGGGGUGUCUUUAGGUGAUGCCACCUAUAAAGACGACUUCAUCCAAGACACCAGCAUCCACACCGGAAACUUUACCUAUAAAUGUAAAGAAAAUGGAGCUGAGUAUGAGACUGUUCUGGUAGGAGAAAUCUUACCUCGUCCUUGCGACACAAAGUUAAGUGCAAUGGGCAACCACUACGUUGGCACUGCAGGCACUCCGAAUGUGAUUGAUGAUAAGGCGAGGGUGAAAGGGGUGCUGGCCUUAGGAAAGCCAACACAGGCUACAGAGAUGAUGUACAUCACUUUUGGAAACCAGAUUGCCACGUUGGAUGACAUCAUCCAAAGUGACAUAGAAGAGCUGAAGAAGCAGAACAAGGACAUGAACAUCAAGGAGUGGACUGCGCAUGGCGGAUCCGACCAGACAGGGGUGCCAGAAUAUAUCAUUGUGAACACAGAACAGUUAUAUGCGGUACCCAAGGCCAUGCAACAGGCCAUGCAAGGCAAGUGCGCAAGAGUAGCCAAAAAGGCGAUCAGCAGCAGAGGCGAAAAUCCGGACAACAAGGUCGGAGAUAUUUCUCCUACUGAUACAGGUGCAAAGGAAAACACACAUGAGGGCGCGGUCACGACAAAUAUGUUCUAUGAACCUACGAUGCUCCCAGAUUAUGGAGGAGAUCUAUUCCAACACAUCAACGCCAAGCUCCGUCAACUCGAUAUCAGAGAUGUCAACAACGAGCUGAUCGCGCCUCAAGAUUGGUACUCCAGCCUUAAACGUGGGACGCUUGUCAUGGUCAGAGCAACUCUUCAUGCAUUCAACUGGAAGGAGCUUUAUCAGCUAAACGCGCACACCAUUCGGGUGAUGGACCCCUCCAAGCUGGAGAUGGAACCAGUAAGCUUCCAAGCCAACGGAUCCGAUUAUGGCACAAGUGCGUCUACCUCGAAGUCACGUGCGUCAGAUGCCAUGGCAGGAGUGAAAUUAGGAAAGAGAGAGCGAGAGGAUUAG